UCACAAGCUAUACGAACCUAAGUUAGCUGCGUUUAUCUUCUUGCUAACGUUACUAUCGUUAAUAUUUGUGUGCCGUAACUCUCCGGAGACAUGGACGUCGCAAUGUUUCAGCUGAGGUCGUUUGUCCUUCAGCGGCUGUACACAGCUGCAGAGGAGAUCCUUGGAGAGGUGGAGAAAACCAUAACAUUAGCUUUCAACGAAGCCGACGUUGGUAACGUGAGAUCUGAAGAGGAAGCUGGAAGUCUGCUACACCAGCUACACUUGCGAAAGAAAUCAGCUGCAGAGCCUUCACUGACCAGCAGCACAGUGGAACGUGGAGACGGGUGGGAUGCCCCACUGCUGCAGGAGAACCCACGACCCUCAACACCAGAGGAGUCUAACUUCAGCUUGAGUGCUCAGGUCCCGGGACCCUCUCAAACAAGCGCAGAUCUGGACAAUAAUAACUCUAACAACUGUUUGGUUCAGACAGACUUUAUUAUGCCAGAGAUAAAAGAAGAGCAGGAGGAACUUUGGGAUGACAGUCAAACACAGGAGAUGGCUUUUCCUUCUGAAAUUGUGAAAAGAGAGCAAGAUCAGCUGGAGGCACAAGUAUCAUAUGAAAUGCAGCCAGUUUCUUCAGACUGCUCUGCAGCUCAGAGUGAGAACAAUGACAGUGAUGAGGAGUGGGUGAACAGCAAAGGAGAACAGACAAUUAAACAGAAAGAAAAGAUAUUGCAAGGACAAAGUGGCGGCAUUAAUGAGGAGGACCAAGCAGCUUUGCCCCAUGACAAAAGUUCUGCUAAAAGUGAAAAGGGACGCCGUUUUUGCCAUUUCUGUGGCAAGGGAUUCCAGUACAUUGGCUCUUUGAUGAAGCACAUCAAAACGCAUGAGAAGAAAACUGAUUGCACUGAAUGUGGGAAGACAUGCCAGUCUAAACAAGAGCUGGUAGCUCAUUUGAAAAGUUGUCACAACAAAACAUGUUUUUGUGGCAUUUGUGGCAAGACUUUUGCCAAAAUGCGUUCGCUCCGGCUGCAUGAAAAAACACACAAAGGCAUGAAAGAGUUUGUGUGUCAAGAAUGUGGCAAGACAUUUUCACAAAAAGUGCAUCUGAUUGUUCAUAUGAGGACCCAUUCUGGGGAGAAACCGUAUCACUGUGAUAUUUGUGGAAAAGCAUUCAGUCAGAGCACUUACCUUACAAUUCAUAAAAGAAGUCAUUCAGGAGAGAAACCGUACCAAUGCGGCCUGUGUGGCAAACUCUUUAACACGAGCAGUCACCUCAAAGUACACAUGAGAUACCACACAGGAGAAAAACCAUACCCGUGUGAUAUUUGCGGUAAACGUUUUCGCCAAAGCGGGCAGAUGACUACACAUAGGACCACACAUACAGGAGAGAGGCCAUAUGGCUGCCAUAUUUGUGGUAUAAGAUACAGAUAUGCACCCGGUCUGAAGGUGCACCUGAAAAGUCAUGAGAAGGAAGCCGCUGAGUGAAAACAGUUAACCAGGCAGACCAUCUCAGAGCUCAAUUACAAAUCAUACAUACCGUAAAUUCUCAAAUAGUAGCCAGGCCCUCUAUUUAUCUCAACUGCAGAGGGUACUAGUCCUUUAUUUAAAGCAGGCUUAUAUUACAGACCGUUUUAUUUAAUUCCCUCUUUUUGAUAUACAGUGCAUUCAGAAAGUAUUCAGACCCCUUCACUUUUUCCACAUUCUGUUACGUUACAGCCUUAUAAUAAAAGGGAUUAAAUUAAUUUUUUUAAUCAUCAAUCUACACACAAUACCUCAUAAUGACAAAGUGAUUUUAAUUUUUGGCGAAGUAAUUAAGUAUUCAGAUUCUUUGCUGUGACACUCAAAAUUGAGCUCAGGAGCAUCCUGUUUCCAAUCGAUCAUCAUUCUACAACUUGAUUGGAGUCCACCUGUGGUAAAUUCAAUUGAUUGGACAUGAUUUGGAAAGGCACACACCUGUCUAUAUAAGGUCCCACAGUUGACAGUGCAUGUCGGAGCAAAAACCAAGCCAUGAAGAUGAAAGAAUUGUCCGUAGACGUCUGAGACAGGAUUGUGUCGAGACAGAUCUGGGGAACGGUAUAAAACUAUUUCUGCAGCAUUGCAGGUCCCGAAGAGAACCGUAGCCUCCGACCAUGAGAAACAACAUUCUCUGGUCUGAUGAAACCAAGAUUGAACUCUUUGGCCUGAAUGCCAAGCGUCACGUCUGGAGGAAACUAGGCACCGCUCAUCACCUGGCAAAUACCAUCCCUACAGUGAAGUAUGGCGGUGGCAGCAUCAUGCUGUGGGGUGUCUUCCAGCGGCAGGAACUGGGAGACUAGUCAGGAUCAAAGGAAAGAUGAAUGCAGCAAUGUACAGAGAGAUACUUGCUGAAAACCUGCUCCAGAGCGUUCAGGACCUCAGAUUGGGACGGAGGUUCACCUUCCAACAGGACAACGACCCGAAGCACACAGCCAAGAUAACAAAGGAGUGGCUUCAGGACAAGUCUGUGAAUGUCCUUGAGUGACCCAGCCAGAGCCCGGACUUGAACCCGAUCGAACAUCUCUGGAGGUACCUGAAAAUAGCUGUCAAUUGACGCUCCCCAUCCAACCUGACGGAACUUGAGAGGAUCUGCAGAGAAGAACGGGAGAAUUUACCCAAAUACAAGUGUGCCAAGCUUGUAGCGUCAUACCCAAGAAGACUUGAGCCUGUAAUCGCUGCCAAGGUGCCGCAACAAAGUAAAGGGUCUGAAUACUUAUGUAAAUAUAUUUUAGUUUUAAAGUUUUAUUACGCUUUGUCAUUAUGGGCUAUUGUAUUGUAUUGAUGAUAAAAUAUAUAAAUAAUAUAAUAAGGCUGUAACGUAACAAAAUGUGGAAUAAGUGAAGGCGUCUGAAUGCACUGUAGUAUAUUUUAGCGUGAAGCUUCAUUCCAUUCUGAUCUGCCCUGUCUUCCUUGUUAAACUUGUUAAUGAUAGUUUAGAGACUUUGUUUAUUUCUUGAAGUAUAUGAUGCUUUUUGUUUUGGUAUAUAACGGAAAUAUUUAUAUUAAUUGACUGAUUGUCAUGUUUUGUUUUAUUUGUCGUUUAGUUCAGUCUUUUCCCAGAGUUUGUCGCAACCUGACCCGUUGUUAUUGGGUCGCUCAUUGGCAGAGUAAAAUGCAUAACAAUGCUGUUAUAUGUACAUUUAUUUUCCUUUUAAAAUAGAAGAGCGUUAUCUUUUUCUACGCUGGUCAGUCCCCCCACCCCGCCACAUUCCGUCCCCAAAUCGCGGGCUUGUCCCAAAUAAAUGGAGAGUUGAGAAAGUGAAGGUGAGAGUAGAACAUUCGAGGAUCAUUUGUUGUCAUAAUGCAACGCAGGGUUGCACAACAAAAUGCAGUUGUAGCUUAGUUCAUUACGCUACACACGAAAAACAUGGCGUAACAAAAUCGGUAGUAGUUGUGGAUUCCUGAAGUGUAUUUUUUGAAUUUGCAACAGGAGGAAUGUAGAGUUCUCUUGGUCGGAUAAAAUGGCCGGCAUCUUUAACAUUUUAAAGAUUCAACAUCAACAUGUACAUAUCAACAUUUAAUAGUGUUGCAAAAUUGUACGUUCAUUAUUUUAUAAGGUGGAGAAAAGACUUUGCUUUGAUGUACUUCAUAUAUUUGACCCAUUCCCCUCUCCAGCUGACUGAGUGUAUUGCCUUGCUGCUUAUAUGUCCUCAUUAUUCAUUGCAUGUUUGUCAUGAGGUGGUGAGAAACGUGACAUUACACUCACAAUUUGUUCCCCUUUGUCAUCAAUUUGUUAGAUCAGCUUUUGUCUUGGGUCAGCUUAAUCUGUUUUAGUUUAUGUUAAGUUAGUAUAGCCUGACAUAUGUUCUGUUCAGUGGGUCCAGAACUGUGUUGCUUAUUUUGUAAAUUCUGUUGAACUUUUGGUUAAUAAACUCUAUAUUUUUAAAGACUCA